UCCCUCUACACACUACCAGAGUCGCUCUGUUUUGUAACCGAAAAAAACUCAAUACUUAUCUGCAAAAAGCAAGAACCUUGAAAAACAAAAUUUUAAUGGCAGUAUCAAGUAUUCUAUCUGUGAAGACUGUGCUUAUCUCUGUUGGUUUUCUAUCAGCAGCAUUCAUUUUGAAUCUAUCACUUCCGUUAGUAUUAGAAUUCAUAGUUAAUCAACUUCCUCAACUAUGGAACUCUAUGAAAUCAUGGCUCGCACCUCCUUAUCUAUACAUACUAAUUAACGGUAUUAUCCUUACAAUUGCUGCUUCUUCGAGGUUUCAUCAUCAACAUGGUGAUAAGAUCACGGAUGAUCAGGAUAUGGAGAUUUUAACAACUACAACUGCGGUUAACAAGAUUCAAGCGAAUCAAUCUCUUCCAGAUUUCCCAAUCUCUUCUGUUGAUGAUGAUAAGGAAAUUUUUGUUAUCUCGAGAAAUUAUCCUGUAAUCACAGAGCCGGAGGUUCUUGAUGAUUUUGUAACGGACAAAAAGAAUCCUGUUGUCUCAAAGCUGGAAAUGGAACCGGAGAAGAUGUACGGGCAACUGGAGAAGAGUAAUCUUGCAGAAAUGAAGUCGGUAAUUGACUCUACAUUUACAGAUGGGGCUGUAAAUUCUACAUCCACAUGGACACUAAACAGAGGAGAUUCGAUUGAGAUGCCAUCGGAAUAUUCUGAUAAACCACCUAUGUCUUCAAGAUUUGGUCAUCGGAAAAACACUAAAAGUAAUAACGAAGGUGGCAAAGGAUUACGAUCAGUGGCGAGCCGGAAGAGGAACGAUACCUUAGAGAGUACAUGGAAGACGAUAACAGAAGGGAGAUCAAUUCCAUUAGCCAGGCAUCUCAAGAAAUCUGAUACGUGGGAAACUCACAACCCUACUUCUUCACACGUGUCAUCGUCAUCGUUAUCUUCUUCCUCAGCAGCACCAUUAUCGUCUGAUCAUCAAUUUAAUCAGCUCAAUAAGAUGAAGAAAUCUGAAACGUUUAUCAAAGAUGGUGUUGGUGGUGCAAAUACGACUACUACUACAUUGCGUCGUGGUAAUUCUGGGAAGUUGAGAAAAGAACCGUCGCUGAGUCAGGACGAUUUGAAUCGACGAGUUGAAGCGUUCAUUAAGAAGUUUAAUGAAGAAAUGAGGUUACAGAGACAGGAGUCUUUGAAUCAGUACAAUGAAAUGGUUAAACAAGGAUUGGUCACUAAAAAGGGAGAGUGAGUGAAUUCAGAACUGUUUUCUUCCUAGUAUUAGGAGUUUAUUUAUUUGUGUUAAUUUUAUUCAAGAAAUUAAGAUCUCGUGUAAAUACGUACUCAAUCUAGAAACAAACAAAUGAAAUUUUACCAAGUUAAGUAUCAUUGCACAUAUGAAAUUCUUACACUUA